AUGAAUCCGCCAUUCCCGAUGCACCACCCGAACCUGUACAACAUGCUACCGCCCCAGCUGGCGCAGUCAACCCUCCAGUCGCACCUCCCGAACCAUCUCCAACAUCACCACCAGCACCAUCAUCUGCCACAUCCGGGCUCGUUGAUCCCACCCGGGGUGACCGUAACGACCGUACCCGCUGCUCCCUCCCUAUCAAACUCAAACUCCUCCGCGGUCACAACCAACGGCAGCAGCAGCAGCAGUAACAACGCCAACCAUCAAAGUGGAAGCACCAGUCCGGACCUGACCCAGGCCCAGCGACGACUCCGCGGUGAAAGCGAAGCGGCCCGACUCAAGCGACUGGCCAAAAACGCCGAACGAAUGCGCCAGAAGCGGGCCGCCGAAACGUACGAGGAGUACAAGCUGCGGCUGGCCCAGAACGCCGAACGGCAGCGGAAAAGGCGCGCCCUGGAGGCGGCCAAACAGAAAGCGUCCUCCUCCUCUCCCUCCCCCUCGAUGGAAUCGACGAUGCUGGGCUCGAUCGGGGUUGGUCAGCUGCACGGGCUGCCGUACGCGCGGAACGAAAGCUAA